UCCUCUGUCUUUAACCAUUCCCCUCCUCAGUUUUGUCCGUUUUUUAACAUGUCCCACGUGUCACUUAGUACUGCCUGUAUGCACACGGGGUAGCUGUCGUGGAUCAUGGAUAGCCUCUUGGGGCCACAUCCUGUAAGAACUGACUCUCAGAUUUCAUUUGUUUUUCUAAAUGUCAUUUUUUCCUCUAUUUGAUUCACCCCUCCCUCUUUCCUCUCCUUUUUCGGCGCCUCUUACCCAAGGCGGUGGGCUCCUGAAGGCUGCUUGCCGGCUUCCCCUCCGCGACUUUCCCCAGGGCUUGUUUUCAUUCCGUGAAGCUGAGGCCUGCUCAGUUCUGCAAGCGUUCGUCUUAUUAUUACACCUUUCAAGCCCAGUAUCCUCUCACUCCCUUUUUGUAAUUUCUGUCUGCUUAUCGAUACUCCUUACUGAGACGUUGUCCUAAUUCCUUUAGGUCAGUCUUCCUUUAACUUUUUUGUUUGUUGGGUUUUUGUGUUUGAGACUGGGUCUCACAUUGUAACCCAAAUGAACCUGGAACUUACUCUGUAGCCCAGGCUGGUCUCAAACUUGUAACUAUCCUCUUUGCCUGUUUCCCAAGUGCUGGGAUUACAGGCAUACAUUUUUUGGACAUAUUUAAUUUAGUUUAUUUGUCUUUUCUGGUGAAGCCGAGGGGCGGGCUUCCCUGUGGUCCGUUCACUUUAGUUGUCCUCUUCCUGCACGGAGUCUCUUCUUUUCAUUUUCCAUAUUCUUCGUAAUUUUUGUUAUUGAAAACUGGACAUUUUAAACCACGGAAGCAACGGUUGUAGAAAUCAGAUCCCCAACCAGGGAUCGGUCAUACUUACUGACGUUCGCUUGCACAGCUCAUGGUUUAAAGGAUCCAUUUUGUAAAACCUGUACGCCUUUCCUUACAUGGCCAUGAUGCCUCUGCUCCUUUAGAUUCGCUGAAAGAAAAGCAAACCCAGUCUUUGCAGAUGGGCUGUGUGAGCUGAGGCCUCUCCAGCACUCAGCCAGAAGCCUGUGUAACCCCUCUGCUCACCUGCCUACAGGUCAGCCUCCGUACCUACAGGUCAGCUGGGUUCAGCCUCGGAAGCCUCGUUGAUAUUUACCGAAUUAACACGCAGCCCGGGCACAUGUGCGGUAUCCUCAAUCCCAAAGCAUCUUCCAAUUCCUCAUUCCCCAAGCACCUCCUGUGCUCCAUCCAAAGUGCUUCUCCAUCCAAUUGUCAUCCAUUGCCUCAGGCAACAGCAGCUACAUCCUCCUGCCCUGUCUCCUGAUCGCGGCCGGCAUAUGGGGCCAUGGCCCGGCUCCCGGGGCACCCGGAGGUCCCCGGCGCCGAGCCUGGCAGCGCAGUCCGAGGGGGCCGAGGCGGCCGCGGGGCCCGGGCGCGCCACGUCAUAAUCAACGUCGGGGGCUGCAGGGUGCGUCUGGCCUGGGCUGCGCUGGCCCGCUGUCCCCUGGCUCGCCUCGAGCGCCUGCGAGCCUGCCGCGGCCACGACGAGCUGCUGCGCGUGUGUGACGACUACGACGUGAGCCGCGACGAGUUCUUCUUCGACCGCAGCCCGUGCGCUUUCCGCGCCAUCGUGGCGCUGCUGCGCGCCGGCAAGCUGAGGCUGCUGCGCGGCCCGUGCGCCCUGGCCUUCCGGGACGAGCUGGCCUACUGGGGCAUCGACGAGGCGCGGCUGGAGCGCUGCUGCCUGCGCCGUCUGCGCCGUCGCGAGGAGGAGGCCGCCGAGGCGAGGGCCACGCCGCCCGCCCGAGGGCCGCAGACCAGCCCCGGCCGAGCCCUGGGGAGCGGGCGGCUGGAGCGAGGCCGACGGCGCCUGCGCGACGUGGUGGAGAACCCGCACUCCGGGCUGGCGGGCAAGCUCUUCGCCUACGUCUCCGUGGCCUUCGUGGCCGUCACGGCCGUGGGCCUGUGCCUGAGCACCAUGCCUGACGUCCGCGCAGAGGAGGAAAGGGGCGAGUGCUCCACCAAGUGCCGCAACCUCUUCGUGUUGGAGACAGUGUGCGUGGCCUGGUUCUCCUUCGAGUUCCUGCUGCGCUCCCUGCAAGCCGAGAGCAAGUGCGCCUUCCUCCGUACGCCUCUUGCCAUCAUCGACAUCCUGGCCAUCCUGCCCUUCUACGUGUCGCUGCUCGCGGGACUGGCCGCAGGGCCCACGGGCAGCAAGAUGCUGGAACGCGCGGGGCUGGUACUGCGGCUACUGCGGGCGCUGCGCGUGCUCUACGUGAUGCGCCUGGCGCGCCACUCGCUGGGGCUACGCUCGCUUGGCCUCACCGUGCGCCGCUGCGCGCGCGAGUUCGGACUGCUGCUGCUCUUCCUCUGCGUGGCCAUGGCGCUCUUCGCGCCGCUCGUGCACCUGGCUGAGCGCGAGCUGGGCGCUCACCGCGACUUCUCCAGCGUCCCCGCCAGCUACUGGUGGGCAGUCAUCUCCAUGACCACCGUGGGCUAUGGAGACAUGGUGCCACGCAGCCUUCCGGGCCAGGUGGUGGCGCUGAGCAGCAUCCUCAGCGGCAUCCUGCUCAUGGCCUUCCCUGUCACCUCCAUCUUCCACACCUUCUCGCGCUCCUACUCGGAGCUCAAGGAGCAGCAGCAACGCGCGGCCAGCCCUGAACCGGUCCUGCGGGAGGACAGCACACGCGACGACAGCACGCGUUCGGCCAGCGCCACCGAGGACAGCUCCCAGGACCCGGAGACCGCAGGUGCCGCAGGGAGCUUGCCAGGCCCGGUGGGACCCUGAGCUGUACUGAGAACUUCAGAGUCAAAGCCUCAGAGGACACCAAGCGCUGGCUGACCCAGGAGUCGCAAACUUGGCCUGGCAUGUCGUCGUUGCAGCUGCCUUGGCUCCCCCAAGCAACCCCGAGCUUCGCGUAGCCUGGAGGAGAUCGCAACCUGGUCUUUCUUUUUCCUUUUAUUUUUCCCUCCAGUUUUAAAUUUUCUAUGGUUAAUUAAAAAUUGAGUCCCAGAAAUUCCAAGUCUUAAGCAAAUGUCAGCUACCCUGGACUAAAGUUUUGCCCUUCUGUGCUCUUAAUCUAGGGCAGCCCCAGGGAACAGAAGAUGGCAUUUACCUGGUGACCCUUAGUGGCCAAUACCCCAUCAAAAAGAGGGCAUCAGCUGACAUCUGUCACUGCCAGUGUCCACAUCACCUGCCAAGUGUUGGGUAGUUGACAGGACACUUAGCCCCCUAGUUCUGCCUAUCCACCCUUUGCAGGGGGGGGAAGAAAUCUCAGAGUUGACCUCUGUUCCCCCAAACCAUCUCAAUCAGAAGAUAAGACCCCUGCUCGCUUGCAUAGUGGCCUUUUAACCCUUCCCCUGCCCUCCUCCCUGGUCUGCAGGAAUGUUGCCUGUCUUCGGGGGGAUACUGGUGUCUCUUCUGGUGGGACAUUUCCCUCAGAUGCGGCUCAAGUGAAAACCUUGAACAAGGGUAGUGGGCUAAGGAGGCAGUUCAGGGAGAAGUCAGCGAGGGCACAGCCAGGAGGGGGCAUGGCCUUCCUCUACUCCAUGGAGGCUGUUGCUUUGCCCUGUUUCAACAAGCCUCGGGCGGUGGCCUAAGCCCAAGAUUCUGGCACUUGGGAAGUAGGCACAGGAAGAUCGGAAGUUCGGUGAGCACCCAACAUAGUCACAGACGCUCUGUCGGAAGUAAGGUCUUCGGUCUGCAGUCCAUCAUCACUGCCUGCCACACAGUAGCUUUCAGCAAGGCCCCUAUGGGAGCUCAGGACAGGCCCAUUUGGGGCUCUUACACCACAGGCUUUGCAAGAAAUCUACUGCAACCAAAUAAAAAAAAAUUGCCAGCCCCUC